AUGAUACGAAGGCGGCUUUUUGUGGGACGUGGAAUAUUGAAUCGACAGACAAGAAUACUAUUUUUGCUAAAUAUGGAACCAUUAAACAAUACAUGUCAUUAUCAUACAACAUCAAUAAACAAAGAAAGUACUACAUUAAAAGAUGUGAAUAAAUCUAAUUCCAAUGAAAUGAUUUUAAACAAUAUAUCACCUACUUUAAAUAGUAAUUCCAAUCUUAAUAAACUGAAGAUAAAUGAAAAAAAUGAAGAAUUAGCGAAAUGGAUCAGAAAUAGUUAUAUAGAAACACCCUUAACUAUGUCUGGACAGACUCAUCCAGUUGUGAGUUUAUAUGAUGAGACUUAUAAUUUAGAUUCAAGCGGAGGAGGCUUCAUUGCUGGAAUACCUGCAGUUGAUGAUGACACUUUUAAUAUUAUUUGGAAAUAUAAAUUUUGCAUAGGUGAUCCUCAGACCAUCGAAGUUGUUAUUAAAAGAAUUAGUAACAGAAGAACAAUAUUCAAUGCGAAACAAUUAACACUUUUACUAAUAUCAUUAAAAGAGUUAAAGAGGUACACUCAGAUCCAUCGAAUAUAUACCAAUUAUAGCUCAUAUCUCAAAUACUUCCUGGAGAAUAAUAUAAACGGUAUAACAGAUACUAAUAAAGAUUUACUUUUGGAACUAUUUAUGGAAUGUGAGGAAGAGCUUUCAAAUUAUGAAAAUUGUGAAAAAUUAUUCUCCCACUAUAUCAAAUAUUCCAGAAUAAAAUCUGAAGUUACGUUAUUAGGUCUUCGGUCAUUUAUCGAAAACAAUAACCUUCAAGUAGCCAAAGAAUUCUUUAUACAGGUAAUGACUAAUAAGGAAACUUUUCCUUUAUCAUCGCGGGACUUUUAUAAACUUUUAAAAUUUUUGAAUACUGUUCGAAAUUACAAAACUAUGAACUAUUUCUAUCAAUUGUGGAUUCAUUACAGGCCCGGGGGAGUUGAUCUAUCAGAAUAUAAUAUAAACAUCAAUUCUUUAAUGUACCGAACAUACUUAUUAUCCGGAGAUGAAGAAAGAAUUAAUACGUUUCUUAAUAAUGAAAGCGUCAAAAAGUGCAAAUUCACUUCUACGAUUAGAUAUGAAUUAACUAAUUUUUACUAUAGGUUGUUUUCCCUUGCCAAAACUAAGAAUAAUACCUUGGUAGUUAGUGAUAUUCCAGUUGAGAUUACAGAAGAAAUUAAAAAAUAUUCCGAAUUGUUGAAGGAUAAUGUUAAGGAACGCCGGUUGUUCUACUUAACACUACUCAAAGCAUAUACGAGAUUGAAUAACAUACAAGAAAUAAAGAAACUUUUAGAAUACGUUGAUAAAGAUCGAGAUAUUAAACUUGAUAGUGACUUUCAUGCUGGAAUAAUAUCAUAUUUUAUUAAAAAUGGUAAACUAAAGGAUCUAAUUGACUAUUACAAGGAGUUACUAAAAAUACAUUCAAAACUAAGUGAAAAGAAAAUGUUCAUAUCCCUUUAUAGGUGUUUCAAUAAUGCCAAUAAUAUAAUAUCACAAGAGUAUAGGAAUGAAAUGUUAUUAGUUUUAAAAGCUGUACCUGUUUAUGUGCAUGCGUUCCCCUGGAUUAAGAAAAGUAAACUAUUUUGGAGGGAUAAACGCAAUCUAUCGUACCCUGAUAGUGUUACAUACACAAAAUUUAAGUUUGCAUUAAAGGACAACGAUUUGAUUGAAGCUAAAACUUUAUUAAUUAGCAGAUGCCGUGAUGGAGUCAUGCCUCAUGUGAACAUGUUUUAUAUUUUACUUCAAACGUGCUUGAAUGGUGGAUAUAUCAAUUUAGCAACAAUGAUAGAUCAGAUGACAAAGGACAUAUAUCACCCUAAUUCUCAUAUGACCAUGAAAAUUCAAUUAUUAUGGUUGAAAAAGAAGUUGCUAUCAAUGAAAGGAACCCAAUCCGAUAAAAGAGACGAAAUCGUCAAAGUCGAGACAAGAUUCAAGAAUAGUACCCCUUCAUUUCAGAAUUAUGUACAAUUGGCAAAUAUCUAUUCUGGAAUAUACGAUUUUGAGAACUGUCACAGAGUGUUAAAUAAUGCAUUUAUAGAGAUGAAUCAGGAUGAUAGGAGAGAAUGGUUGAUUUAUUAUUCUACUAUUUUAAAAUCGCAUUGCAAAGCACUUAAGUGGGAGGAAUUUUACUCUGUAUUAAAAGAUUGGAAUGUUAAUAAUAAAGCUUCUUUCCUUGAAGUAAAUACACUGAAACAAUUAAAACAGUUUUUGAAAUUUAUGAAGAAGCGCCAAGAAAUCAAGGAAAAUGAUAUGACUAGAACUUCAGAGGAAAUAUUAUCAAUUGAUACUUAUGAAAAAGACAUCCAAGCAGAAUUAAUGAAACUAGGUCAAAGGUAUGGUGUGAAUAAAAUCAAUACUUUGAACGAUAUGGAUACGGUAAGCAAGUUCCUACAAGGUGUCCUUAAAAGAAGGUUGAGCAUAAUAACGAAAGAAUAUUUAGCUAAACGUGAAGAACUCAUAGCCAAAUAUAAUCAUUUAGAAUAA